ACUUUUCUACGCGCCAUGUGUAAAAGUGUUCGCUCCUUUCUUUGCUGGAAGUAUUAGUUGUUUACUGUCUAUGUUCAGGAGUAAUUAUAAUGUUGAGUGUAUGCCAUCCUUAUGUCUUCACAUACUUUUUAAAACAUACUUCAAGUGAUCUGGAGACUCCGGUCUAGCUAAUUUCUGUUUUUACCUUGGAAAUUAAAGAUCACCGAUAGCAAUAUGUCCAACAAUAGUGGAUUAGAUAUAACAAAUUUGGAUGAUUUACGUGAUCCAUCGGGAAUCUUUUCACUCAUCGAAGUUGUGGGUAAAGGUACUUAUGGAAAUGUAUACAAAGGACGAUACACGCGAACUGGUCAGCUGGCUGCCAUCAAGGUUAUGCCAAUUACUGAAGAGGAUGAAGAAGAAAUUAAGCUGGAAAUUGAUACAUUAAAAAAGUUAUCAAAUCAUCGAAAUAUUGCUAGUUAUUAUGGUGCAUUUAUUAAAAAAUCUUCACCUCGUGAUCAUCUUUGGCUUGCUAUGGAAUAUUGUGGUGCUGGAUCAGUGGCUGAUUUAAUAAAAAGUACUCGCACGAAAUCACUCAAAGAAGAUUGGAUUGCUUAUAUUUGUCGAGAAAUUCUCCGAGGUCUUAUGCAUUUACAUGCAAAUCGUGUGAUUCAUCGAGACAUUAAAGGUCAAAAUGUAUUGCUCACUGAUAAUGCUGAGGUGAAACUUGUCGAUUUUGGAGUGAGUGCACAAUUAGAUAAAACAUUUGGUAAACGGAAUACAUUUAUUGGGACCCCGUACUGGAUGGCGCCUGAAGUGAUUCAUUGCGAACAAGACUCAAGUUGUACAUAUGAUGCUCGUUCAGAUAUCUGGUCAUUGGGUAUAACAGCUUUAGAAAUGGCUGAAGGUCGACCACCAUUGUGUGAAAUGCAUCCAAUGCGUGCACUUUUCUUAAUUAUGCGUAACUCACCACCUCGAUUAAAACAAUCACCGAACGGAUCUAGGCAUUGGACACCAAGAUUUCAUGAUUUUGUCAAUAAAUGUUUAACUAAAGAUUUCCAUAAACGUCCAAAUACAUCAGAAUUAUUUCGACAUGAAUUCAUUACAAAUUUACCAAAUGAACGACAAAUUAGAAUUCAACUCAAAGAUCAUAUAGAUAGACAUAGACGAAAUAGGCAAACCGAAGAACAUGAAAAAAUUUAUGAAUAUGAAGGAAGUGAUGAAGAGGAGGAGGAGGAAACUAGUGCAGCUGUUAAAGGAGCUGCUGCCGCUGCUCUGGCUAUGUCAGCUGCUGUUAGUGGCAAUGGUCAAGCACAUCGUCUACCUAGUCAAAUUAGUCAUCAUCCACCUCAAUUUCGUCAACCAAUGGAUAAACCUCCCCAUAAUCAAGUGCCUCGAACUAGUGGAGUUCCUGAUCAGAACGAAGUAGCAUCGUUUGUUUCACAACCAUCUAUAUCUGGAUUAAACUAUAGACAGCAUGGACACAUGAUACAAAGUGGGAAUAUUGUAAAUGAUAAUGUACCAGUGAAUGCUCGAUUUAUCUCACGAAAUCCUAUGUCAGUAGUUAAUAGGUUACCUGCUGUUACGCCACAAUCAAUGAUGCCGCAUAAUAGUCGGUUGCCAAGGUUAGAUGAAGGUGAAUCAGCAACUGUCAAUGCUAAGGAACCAGGUGAAAAUACACUUCGUCAAAAUUUCGCUCGUUUACAGGAACGUGAACACCAUCCAUCUGUAGGUGUUGCCCCUCAAAGAUCUGCCAAUGGUCGCCCACAAUCAUCUAGUCAUCACUUUCCUCAACAUUCACGACCUUUGAAUAGUAGUCGUGGACCACCGGCAUAUAAUCAGUCACAACAGCAAAUGCAUUCGAAUCAACCGAAACUGGGUGUUCUAGCUGCUGGGAGUCGUCUAGCUGACACGGGUGGUUCAUCAUCUUACGCUGCUACUAAUACUACAGUCUCAGAUACACCUAUAGAUAGCAAAUCUGUAACUAACAAUGAGAUUGUGUCCACGUCAUCGUCAGUUAAUAAUUCGGUCACUACACCCUUAUCAGCUAUUGGUUCAGUUGGUGAUAGCGGGCAACUUUCGCAUCAUUUUCCCCUACAACAUCAUAGAGCAUCUGUGCCAAAUCCUCCCAAUUCUUUUCAUCCGACGGUUGUUACUUGUUCCUCAUCGUCAUCACCAUCGAUAUUUUCAAAUGAUCAUUUGGGCAAUUUACUUAUUUCACCAUUUCGUGCAAAACUUGCCAAUCCUGGUCCACCACCCAUUCCACUUCAUCAGCAGGUUCGUAUUAGUAAUUGUGGAUUGAACGGGGGAUUACAUAAUGCUUCAGAAGUGCAACAUCAAACUGAUGAAGUGAAUGGUUCAUCUAGUAUAGUUGGCAUGGGUAACCUUGCUAGUUCUCGUCUUCAGCACAUUGUCGCACCGAAGUUUCCAUCAACCCGUCCAACAAGUCAGGCUGUACCACAUUUAGAUCUUCGUAAACCACCAAUAGAAUCAGCUUUACCCCAAUCAAUCAUCACAUCAACUAGUCCAGUUGCUAACCAAUCCAAGUCAUCGGUAAAAGCAAGUAUAUCGAGCCCUGUUAAUCGGUCUAGUGGAGCUGCGAUGGCUUUUGCUGUUACAACUAGUACUACCACCACCACGACUACGACAACAUCAGUGCCGACUAGUACAACAACAGUGACGACGGUGACGACAACAACAAGUGACGUUUUUAAUUCUAACUUUGCUCGUCAAUCAGCAACAUCAAAUUUACUAUCUGGAUUCAGCAAUCGAUCUCCAGCACACCAAAUAUCCUUACUUAGUGAAAAUGUUUCAACUAAGAACAUUACUACAACAAUUGCAAAUAACAGUACAUGUAUAAAUAAUAAUCAUAAAAUGCAUUCAAAUCAACCUGGACUUCGUUCACGUGCAAGUAAACAAUUGUCUAAUCGUCAAAAUUCAGGUGUUAUCCCCCAAAAAUUACAUCAUCCACAUCAUUUACAUCAGCAAAAUAAUCCAAAUCACAUCAGUAAAAAAUCUGAGAUAUCGCGUCUUGAGUAUGGAAAACGGAAUAACUUAUUAAAAUCAAUAGGAAAAGCAUCAUUAUUACCUGUUCUAAGUAGUUCUGGUGUUAGUAAUAGUAUUGUCAAUAAUAUUGUUACUAAAGUGGGCACUAUCUUGCCAACAUUACAAACAAAUAGUGAACCGACCAUUUCUUCGUCAUCACAUAUCGUUUCAUCUUCAUCUGCUUAUUUAUUAACUUCCUCUCCUUCAACAGUUGUUUCAUCAACAGAUAUAUCAUCUGAGCAUGUUAGUACGCAACAGUUUCAUAUUAAUUUAUUCCAAUGGCUUAAACAAACUCAAUUGAAUCCAUCGUCUGCAUCAUUAAUUUAUUUAAGAGAACAGCUCCGACAGAAUUUAUCCUCUCAGCGAUCGCAGGACCACCAACUACAACAAUCACAACAACAUCAUGGAACUGAAUCAACUAUACCACUUCCUACAACAUUAAACUUAAUGACAAAAACAACAUUAACUACUACAUCAAAUAUUGUUCAUCACUUCCCAAGGCAACAACAAACAAAUGUAUUGAAUGUUUUCAGUCAUUCAGAUGAAACUGUACGAACUACUCAACCGUUAGUAGAUAAUGAUUGGUUUGGGUCUAAUGUUGACUUAAUAGAAGUAAAAAAUAAUGAUAAUAACAAUGACAAUUUAACUGCUGCUGAUUUAUCAUUUAUCCAGACUAUAACCUCUGAACCAUUAUCAACAUCGCCAAAACCACCUCUAGGUCCAAGAUUAUUAAGGCGUAGACUACCAAAACCAAGACCAGAUGAGUUUAUUGUUGUUGAAGAAGGAGAUGAUGACGAAGAAUUAAUUGAGAGCAAUCAAAAUCCCACUUCAACAUAUCAUUUUAACUUAGAUCAGAUCUCCCGCAUUUAUGACUCAUCUAUAUCUGUUAACUGGGAAAAAAUAGACUUUGUAAAAAAUGAACCAUCUCAACCUAUUGCUGAAUGUAAUAAUUGUUUAAAUAUAACUGAAGAGGAUAAUGAUAAUAAUGAUAGUCAAACAAAGCCUGAAGAAAUGAUUAGUUUACAAUCGGAACUUGAUCAAUUAGCUGCACAAUUGACUAAUUUAGGCGCUGUUUCACCUAGCCCUCAUCGACAAAAUAAUCGAAAUCAGUUGAAUGGUAAAUCCGACACAAAAUCAAAUGAUAAACAACCAUCAUCAUCAUCACAACAACAACAACACUACCAGCAACAAAAAUCUUAUGAAAAUAAUAAUGUAAAAUCAUCAACAUCUAAUGAAUUAGUUACAUCAGUGGAAUCAGUAUGUGCGGUUGAAAAACUGAAUCGAUCUAGUUCACUUUCUUCAACAUCAUCAUCAUCUUCUUCUUCGUCAUCUACCACUAAUUCUUCUUCUAUAUCAUCUGAAUUUCACGGUAACGAGGGUUCACCAGUACAUGUGGAAAAUAAACAUUCAACAAGCAACUCAUCUACAAUGAGUAGAUCUCAUUCUGUUGGUUCAAAUCAUGAAUAUCACACGUCAAGCACUUGUUCUUCAUCCUCUGCUUCUACUAUUUCUUCAUGUGAUUCUAAUCAACGUAAAAAUCAUGAAAAUGCGUGUCGAGUUAUACUGAAUGGAAAACGACAUUCAGAAAUAGAUCCUCGUCGACUUACUGUUGUUGAGAAUGUUCGUUUGUUGAAUAACAAUAACAACCAAAUGAACCAUAAUACUAAUGUUGAUUCUAGUGAGCUUGAUGACUUAGAUAGAAUACAAAGAGAUCCAGUACAAUUCAUCGCUUCUAAUGACGACCAGGUUGACGAAUUUAACUAUGGAGCUUACAACAUACAGAAUGAUGAGGAAGAUGACGAGGACACUGGAGGCGGAGGAGAGGAAGAGGAGGAUGAAGAUGAAGGUGAUGUCAUCGUUGUUGAAGAAGAAGAAGAGAAUGGAGCUGAUCUAGAAGAGGCUGAACAGUUAAGGGCUACUUUAUCUAUUGUUCGUACACGUCAAAGAUCAUCAUGUGAUGAAUCGAUAAGAAAUGUUGAUGGUGAUGUUGGUAGGGCUGUCACAAAUGAAUCCUCAUGCUAUGUAGACGAUGGAACGUUGUCCAAUGCAGCAGUGAGAUGGCAUAAAGAGGGGACCUUACCAUCAGAUGAAUUUGCCAAAGAAACUUUAUGCAGUUUAGCAUCGAUUAUUGAGUCUACAUCUGGGACAAUUGACCGAUCUGGAUUUAAUGUUAAUCCAUCAACUGGGAAUAAUAAUGUUAAAUACACUGUUUCAAAUGGUUAUCCAAACACAUCUACAGAUAAGGCGAAAGUUACAAGUUCAUCUCAAAAUGUUUCACAUAUUGGUGUCCCACAUUCAUCGUCAUCAAAAUUAAUUACAAAUGAAAAAGAAGGAUGUACAAAAAUACAAGAAACUCGAUCACCGUCACCACCACCACAUUCUACAGAUGCUACUUCUUCUGUUCUAGGCGGUCCGUAUAACAAGCCAUCAUAUCAAUCAACUGAUAUAUGUACAAAUAUACCGACCAACCAACAUUCAUUAGGACAAUCCAACUUAGCUCAGAAAACGAGUCCACAAAUCUCUCCUCAGUCUGUAGUAAUUACAGACUCAAAUAAAGCACUUCCUAGUUCAGUUUGGUCAGUUCAAACAAACAAUAAUCUUGGUUCUCGAGUUUCAGAGCCAAGUCCACGUGGAGGUCAAAAAUCGAAAACCCAGUUAGAUAUACAACUUUCACAGUCAAGUUCUAAUCCUUCAUCAUCUAGCAACAGUAGUGGUUUAAUCAAAUCAAUCGCUUUGCCUAAUUCACUAUGUGGUAAUUUAUUGAAUUUUAAUUUACCAUCAAUUAAUACAAUGACAAGUACAGUUAUUACAACUGGUUCAUAUUUAUUACCUACAAGUAUUAGCAGUGGUGCUGGUUGUAUAUCAACUGCUUCAAAUAAUAUUUCAACAACAAAUUCUAGUUUGAACAACAAUGAUACACCGGAAAUACAAGUUUAUAAAAAACGUUUUAAUUCGGAAAUUUUGUGUGCAUCUAUGUGGGGUGUAAAUUUACUGAUUGGUCUUGAAACGGGUCUUUCUUUAUUAGAUCGUAGUGGUGAAGGUCGUGUUUAUUCUUUAAUUACAAGACGAAGAUUUUCAAGGAUGGCUGUUUUAGAAGGUCAGAAUAUUUUAGUUACUAUAUCUGGACGUAAAAAUCGUGUACGCGUCUACUAUUUAUCUUGGCUUCGUAGUAAAAUUAUGAAAACGGAAGGAUGUGACAAGAAGAAUGGUUGGGUUAAUGUCGGUGAAAAUUUACAAGGUGCUGUACAUUUUAAAAUUGUAAAAUAUGAGAAAAUUAAAUUCCUUGUCAUCGCAUUGAGAGAUUCUGUAGAGAUUUAUGCUUGGGCACCUCGUCCAUAUCAUAAAUUUAUGGCUUUCAAAAGAUUCUCUGAACUCAAACAUCGGCCAUUAUUGGUAGAUUUAACUGUUGAAGAGAAUACCCGUUUAAAAGUUGUAUAUGGUUCAUCUGAUGGUUUUCAUGCUAUUGACUUGGAUUCAAAUAUAGUAUUCGACUUAUAUAUGCCUUCUUUGAUUAAUUCACAUAUUACUCCUCAUUGUAUAGUAGUACUUCCUAAUACAGGUGGUAUGCAGUUACUUUUAUGCUACGACACUGAAGGUGUUUAUGUAGAUACUAAUGGAAAACUAACAAAAAAUAUCGUUAUCCAGUGGGGUGAAGUUCCAACUUGUGUAGCCUAUAUAUCUACCGGUCAAUUACUUGGUUGGGGUUUAAAAGCUAUUGAAGUUAGAUCAGCUGAAACUGGACACUUAGAUGGAGUAUUCAUGCAUAAACGUGAACAGAAAUUCAAAUUUCUUUGUGAACGUAAUGAUAAGGUAUUUUUCUCGAAUACACGGUCUGGGCCACCCCAAGUAUCUAUGAUGACCCUUAGUGGUAUACACUGGUAAUAUAAUUAACUUGACUUUUCAUGUCUACAGUUUUUCUUGAUGAUUUUUAAACUGAGCACCACCAACACCACUACUACGCAUCCUGAAAACCAUACAAUACAGAGAAAUCAAUAUCUUAAUAUUAUUUAACUAAUGCAAAAUUACUACUAUACUUUAAUUUAAUGUCUGACAAUGCAUUUCUAUUUGAAUGUGUUGUUGUAAUGAUAAAUGACAGUGAUUCUGAAUAAGAAGAAAUGAUAAUUUUCCAACAAAUUUAUCUUAUUUUAGUCUACAACAUUGUCCAAAUAAACGUGCAAAAACAUUUUCUCUCCUAAUUUUAUGCAUAAUUUACAAUUUUCUUCCAAUUGAUCUUUAUUUGCGCAUUUUGUUUGGAUUGUGUACAUUAUCGUUGCUAAUAUUAACCCCGCAUGAAUGAAUAUCAAUUUUGAAAUGUUCUACAUAUUUAUUAUUAUUUACCAGUAAAUAAAAACACUAAACAAACAAUGUAUCCUAAUCUGUGCUAUGUAUGUGAUGAAAGCUUAUUCUUUAUCAAUCGUUUCUUUUUUUCUUAUUCAGUACUAUGUUAUAUAUACACAAAUAAAUGACUUUAGGAAAAUUUAAUUUGUAGUUGUGAAUUGUUUUUAGAAAUUUUUACUUCUAAUUGUAACAAUAACCUCAAUUCUUUUCUUUCUAUAUUAUAUUGAACUACUUUGAUAUAUUCAUCUUUCUAGGUGCAUAUAUGAUUAUAUAUUCUUAACUUUAUCAGUUUUGGUUAGUGCUAUUCAUUUCCUGUUCAUAAUUAUCUAGAGGUUAUUAGAAUUUGACAUAUACGUUAUUGUUAUCAAUCAAUUAUUCGUUUAUCUACUGCUCUCAGAUAAAUAGUAUGGAUAAUUUUGCUUAACGAAUAUUCACUUCUACUUUAAGUUUUACACAUUUUUUACUAUUAUUUUCAAUCCAUGAAGGAUGAUGAUAGGUUUGUUACACACACAUAAAUAUUUAGCAUGUUUUGCUCCUUUCAGUGUUUCUUAAUUUGAACUCUUGAUAACAGUUUUCAUUUCUUAUUAUUUUUUUUAAAAACAAAGUUGUUCAUGCUUAUUAUCCUAUUUGUCUCGUUUGUAUUAUUGUUAACAUUCAGUAUUUAAAUGAAUUGUAUGAACAAAUUUUAUAUAUGCGAGGUAGUAUGAGAGCAAAGCAAAUGAUUCACAUAUUGAAGAAGUUUCUUUGUGUACUUUUUCGUUGGAAGGGAUUUUGCAUCAAUCAACAAGAAAUAAGAUCUAUUAGCUCAG